AUCUUGGAGAUGGGAGACGGGCGAUGGCUAUGGUCUUUCUGCUAAUGCAAACAACAAAACGGGCACAUUAGUCACACCCGAGUGAGGUUAUCAUCACUGUAACUGUUAACCAAAGCUACAGAAGAAGUGAGGGUGUCAAAGUCGACCGCGGCGAUACUGAUAGCAGUUUCACCUGCCUACUGUGGCGGCAGAAGUGAAGUGACUGAAGACCGGAAGGAUGGUGCAGUCCUGUUCCGCCUACGGUUGCAAGAACAGAUACGAUAAAGAUAAGCCCGUUUCUUUCCACAAGUUUCCUCUUACUCGACCCAGUCUUUGUAAAAAAUGGGAGGCAGCUGUCAGAAGAAAAAACUUUAAACCCACUAAGUACAGCAGUAUUUGUUCAGAGCAUUUUACGCCAGACUGUUUUAAGAGAGAGUGCAACAACAAGUUACUUAAAGAGAAUGCUGUACCUACGAUAUUUCUUUGUACUGAACCACAUGACAAGAAGGAAGAUCUUCUGGAGCCACAAGAACAGCUUCCCCCACCUCCUCUAACACCUCCUGUGUCCCAGGUUGAUGCUGCUAUUGGGUUAUUAAUGCCUCCUCUUCAGACACCUGAUAAUCUCUCCGUUUUCUGUGACCACAACUAUACUGUGGAGGAUACAAUGCACCAAAGGAAAAGGAUUCAUCAGUUAGAACAACAAGUUGAAAAACUCAGAAAGAAGCUCAAGACUGCACAGCAGCGGUGCAGAAGACAGGAACGGCAGCUUGAGAAACUAAAGGAGGUUGUACACUUCCAGAAAGAGAAAGACGACGUAUCAGAGAGAGGUUACGUGAUUCUACCAAAUGACUACUUUGAAAUAGUUGAAGUCCCGUAAAAAAAAUGAAAUGUGUAUUGAUAAUGGGGCAAUACCACAUAGCCUCUUCUAGCCUAUAAAGGAGUUUCAUUUGAAAAAGUAAAAUACUUGAUUACUUGUAUAAAAACAAUUCAGAAUAUUUUUUUAAAAAAAUAAAUUAGAUAUAUACUGUAAAAUUGUAAUUUUUUGUUUCUAAUUUCAGGGUUUUUACAUUUUAACAAAAUAUUUUAGAAAUUAUAAACUAACUUCAGAGCUUCAUUAUAAGUUGAUUUUGAGAUUAGGGAUUUUUCCUUUUUUAAUUCGAGUGUUUAUAGAAAUGUAAUAAUUAAAGAGAGUAACAACAGU